AGAGAGGCCACCGAGAAGAGAGGCGGAACCAGUGAAGAACCAGUAUAGCCGGCUUCCACACCAUUCCAGCUCCAUAUUUUGCACUUCAUGCUGAUCCAGGAGGAAGACGCCUCUGCCUGACGAGUUUCCUGGUCCGACUAUCAGGCCAUGACAGAACCCUGAGGUCAGAGGUCAACAGGAAGCCUUUUGUCUCCUGAAGCAGUUUCAGCCACAGCUUCCUUCCAGGCCUCACAGCGAGAGCGGCUGGUGAUGAAGGUGUGCUGCUCUCAGCUUCCUGUCCUCGGGGCCAAUGAUUGGCCCCUCAGCACAGAGUUCCUUCAGACGGACGACUGCAGCUCGGAUGGAGGACGACACCAGGAGCCCGGAUUGCCUGGAAGAUGGACGGGGCCCCAGGCCGAGCAAGGCCGACUCUUCCAUAAACCAGCCAAUCAGAGCAGAGAGGGCGGGACUAGACAUGAUUUAUACCAUUGAAGAUGUUCCACCAUGGUACCUGUGCAUCCUGCUGGGACUACAGCAUUACCUGACAUGUUUCAGUGGCACUGUGGCAGUCCCAUUCCUUCUGGCUGACGCUAUGUGUGUCGGACAAGACCAAAACACUGUCAGUCAGCUGAUUGGAACGAUUUUCACCACCGUUGGAAUCACCACACUGAUCCAGACCACCUUUGGAGUCAGGCUUCCUUUGUUUCAGGCCAGUGCUUUUGCCUUCCUGAUUCCUGCUCAGGCCAUCCUCAGCCUGGACCGCUGGGCGUGUCCCAGUGAAGAUGUGAUUUAUGGGAACUGGAGUCUUCCCCUCAACACCUCCCAUAUCUGGCACCCUCGCAUCAGAGAGAUUCAGGGAGCCAUCAUCAUGUCGAGUCUGGUGGAAGUUCUGAUUGGUUUGUCUGGAUUACCUGGUCUGCUAUUGGAGUACAUUGGUCCGCUCACCAUCACACCAACCGUCUCCCUGAUCGGUCUGUCCGUGUUCACCACCGCUGGAGACCGAGCUGGGGCCCACUGGGGCCUGUCUGCUUUAUGUAUGUUACUGAUUGUGCUGUUUGCUCAGUACCUGAGGACAACAUCACUCCCUGUUCCUGUUUACAGCAGAAGAAAAGGCCUGACGUCCACCAGAGUCCAGAUCUUCAAGAUGUUUCCUAUCAUCCUCGCCAUAAUGCUGGUCUGGCUCGUUUGUUACGUUCUGACUUUAACUGACCUGCUCCCUAACGACCCGAAAAGCUAUGGACACAAAGGACGGACCGACGCUCGUGGGGACAUCAUGGCGUCAGCGCCGUGGUUCAGGAUGCCCUACCCAUGUCAGUGGGGGUUGCCGGUGAUGACUGUUGCUGGCGUGUUGGGGAUGUUGAGUGCCACCAUGGCGGGGAUUGUGGAGUCCAUUGGAGAUUAUUACGCCUGCGCCCGUCUGUCGGGCGCCACGCCGCCACCAGUUCAUGCUAUCAACAGGGGGAUCUUCACUGAGGGAAUCUGCUGCGUCAUUGCAGGUCUGUUAGGGACAGGAAAUGGAUCGACCUCCUCCAGUCCCAACAUCGGAGUCCUUGGAAUCACCAAGGUGGGCAGCAGACGGGUGGUUCAGUUUGGAGCUGGGAUCAUGUUCAUCCUGGGAGCGGUUGGGAAGUUCACGGCUCUGUUUGCCUCUCUGCCGGAUCCCAUCCUUGGAGGAAUGUUCUGCACAUUGUUUGGUAUGAUCACAGCUGUUGGCCUAUCAAACCUGCAGCUGGUUGAUUUGAACUCUUCCAGAAAUCUUUUUGUUCUCGGGUUCUCCAUGUUUUUCGGCCUCACGCUGCCAGCAUACUUGGACACACAUCCGAAAGCCAUCAGGACAGGUGUUGCAGAACUGGAUCAGAUUCUGACAGUUCUUCUGUCCACUGAGAUGUUCGUUGGAGGUUUCCUGGCUUUUUGUCUCGACAACACAAUACCAGGAACGAGGGAGGAGCGAGGACUUGUGCAGUGGAGCUCCUCAAGCACCGCUCCCACAUCAGGCCACGCCCCCUCUCCAGGCUCCGCCUCCUAUGACUUCCCUGUGGGCAUGGGCGUGGUCAGACGGACCCGCUGGCUCCGCCGGUUCCCCAUCUGCCCCACCUUCACAGGUUUCAGGGUGUGUGAGGAAGAUCUGCCCCUGGAAGGGGAGGAGCUAGCAGGACAGGGGGAGGAGCUAGGAGACGCCCCCCUGCCAAGCACCAAGGUGUGACAGUGAUGUCAUAAGGCUGAGCCAAUGAGGUUGAAUUUGAUCAGAUUAAAGCUGCAGUUUCUUCCAGAAAAUUGAUCAGAAGGUUCGUCUAUCAAUAUGAUUAUUGAUUAAAUUAUGGCACCUGCAGCUGGACUCAUGACAGCUUCCUGUUUCCCAUCUGCUGUAGCGCCGCCCCCUCCUCACCUUUAGGGUCAGAACCGGGACCAAAUGUUCGGGUCAGAAGCUUGUUAGGUUUUCAAUAAAAUGUAUUGAACUGUG